CGAAGGGAAGGAAGAAGGAACCAUGCUAGUCGUGCUCGCAGUUUCUAGCUCGAUAGGCUUCCUACGUGAGCAGAGAUGGAAUUCCUAGGUGUGGUGAUCCCCACGUCUGGCCUCAUCUUCCUCGGCUUCCUCUUCCUCCUGUGCAAAUAUUUCACUCAGACGUGGGGCACGUGGUCGAGGCAGGGGAUUCCCGAGGUGAAGCCUUGGCUUGUUGUUGGAAGCCGACCAACCGUCUACAAAGAUCAUCUGCACUUGGUGGACUUGGAGCACCGCCGUCGCUAUGGGAGGACGUGGGGUGAAUACGAGGGCCGUCGGCCUAUGCUGUUCACCACCGACACCGAGUUGGUGAAACUGGUCACCGUCAAGGAGUUCUCCUUCUUCGUCGACAGACGGGAUCUCGAUCUCAAACACGAGCUCUUCCAGAAUUCUCUCGACCAACUACAGGGUGAGAAAUGGAAGGCAAUACGAUCAUUACUAGGCCCAGGAUUCACAGGAGGUCGAAUGAAGACCACGGCCCCCAUGUUCCUGGAAUGCGCCAAGACCCUCACCGAGGUGCUCAAACGGGAUGGGGCUGACGGCAAGAAAGGACUUAAGCUUUCCAGGUAUUAUGGCGGCUUUGGAAUGGACGUAAUCGCAUGGUAUGGAUUUGGCGUGGAGAUUUCCUCUCUGAAAAAUGCCGACAACCCAAUUGUGAAAAAUGCUCUUCAUAUUUUUUCAAACGAAAAAGUCGACAACCCAAUGGUCCUACUUCCACUGUCGUUUCCGAAGCUAAUGCAUUAUAUGGACUUAUUCCCGCCGGAGCCGAGUGACUUCUUCGUGAAAGUCAUCCGGGAGAUCAUCGACGCUCGGAAACAAAACCCGGAUGCCGGAACGAGGAAUGAUUUCCUCGACAUCAUCCUCCAGGCUCUCAAGGAGUUGGAGGAUAAUAAGGAAUACCAGCGGAUGGGAAUAACGCAAAAACUACUUGAGGUGCAGCUGAUGUUGUUCUUCCUGGCCGGCUUCGACACGGUGAAGACCACCAUGAGCUUCACCUCCUACUACCUCGCUCUCCACCCCGAGAUUCAAUCCAAGGUGAGAGAGGAGAUCCUGGAUGCUAUCAAGGCAACGGACGGAGAGAUCCGACACGACACCUUAUCCAAGUUGCCUCUCUUGGAUGCAUGCAUCGCCGAGUCACUUCGCCUUCAUCCUCCAAUUAAUCGCCUCGAGAGGGUCGCUAAGCAUGACUUUCACUACAAGAACAUCAUCAUCCCCAAGGAUUCCCUGGUAAUGAUUCCUGCCUACGCGCUUCAUCGGGAAGAAGAAGAAUUCCCAGAGCCUGAAGUGUGGAAACCGGAAAGAUUCCUGGAGGAGAACAAGAAGCACGAUCCAUAUGCCUAUCUACCCUUUGGGAUCGGUCCCCGCAUGUGCAUCGGACAGAGGUUCGCGCAGGAGAUGAUGCGGUAUGCAUUCGUCCACAUUCUGAGAGAGCUGGAAAUCGUGAAAACAGCAGACACCCCGGAAAAGGUGGAAUACCUACGAGGCUUCCUAUUCCUGAUGCAACCGACCAACCUGCUAGUCGGAUUCCGACCUCUUCAUUGAUUUUUCUUCUUUGCUUCAUGGAUGCUACUUCUUCCCUGUGCAACCCGAGCAGCUUGGUUUUCGUUCAUUGUGCUCUUCAAUGGCACUAAAAAGGCAUUCCACGAGUUUGAGCUUCAUCCUAUUCAAUAGGUUAUCCUAUAUAGCAAGCAGAAUAUAAAGCAGGUGAAUAAUCAAUUGUGGCUCGGUUUAUUGCGAUAACGAAGAGGCCACAGACCGGAAUGGAAGUGUGAAUGCUGACGCAUAAUGACGUUCUUACUAGGUUUACCACAGGGCUUCCAUUCCCCGUCUAGUUAGAAAAUCUUGGAAUUUAGUUCCAUAGUUCCAGUUUGUAGUGAAGGCUACCUCUGAAAUAUGUUCGAUAUUGGACUGUUCUACUUAUUUUACAUGUACAAAUUCUUCUUUUUUCAUCUCUUUUUUUCUUCGCUGCAUUGGCUUCGAUAUUUCUUAUUCCCUCUUUUUUUUUUUUUUUUUUUUUUUUUUUACUUCGAGCCAAGUCGUUGGACUACUCUGGCCAAAUCCCACAUGAUACUUCACAUUCCAACUUCGUGCACGAACUUAAUUGCUUGGCUUUCAAACGUAUCGCAUCGCGUCUAAAAAAAAUUUUCUACUGCUCUCUUUUCCGACCGGGAUCCUUUGAAGGCAAUGCACUCAAAGACAUUCUCUGUAGUGAGUUUUUUUUUUAGCUCUGGAGCCAU